AUGAGUUCUUCCGACGAAGAGCUGUCCCGGCGCCUGGCAGAAGCCAGCUUGAACAAGUUCAGGAAUCAGGACCUGCUGCACCACCAAGUUGGAGAGCGACGUAUGAAACCCAGUUAUGUUUAUUGCGCAGUCAUUGCAUCAUUUCACAAAAACGCCGAGCAAAUUGUCAAGCUGAAAACUAACAACUCUUCUGCAGAGACCUCUAAACCUUUCUCGCAGGAGACCUUUAGUCUGUCCACCAAACUUACACCACCUUCCGAAGACUCCGAGGAGGCCCCAACUGCUGGCAGCCUACGCGUGUCUGACCACAAAGACGAGAUCUCCAAGCCAGAAGUUCCUGCUCAAACUUGGCGCGCAAUCAUGCAAGGCAAUAUGAAGCCUCGCUUACUCUUGAUGGGCCAGCGCCGGAGCGGCAAAUCAUCCAUCACCAACGUCGUCUUCCACAAGCACCCUCCGCAAGAGACGAUCUUCAUCGAGUCAACCACUCGUAUUCUCAAAGAGGUCUUUGAAUCAUUCAUGGACUUUCAGAUUUGGGACUUCCCUGGCCAACUCGAUUACUUCGACCCUGCUUUCGAUUCAGGUGAGAUCUUCAAGAACAUCGGCGCACUUAUCUGGGUCAUCGAUGCGCAAGAUGAUUACAACGACUCUCUCAACCGAUUGGUUGUGACAAUCAUGAAUCUUCAGCAGACCGACUAUCGCGAGAUCCUCGUCGAAGUCUUCAUCCACAAGACAGACGGCCUGCCUGAUGAGAUGAAAGGCGACGUCUACACCGACAUCACCUCCAGAGUCAGCGACGAGCUCGCCGAUGCCGGCUACAUCAAUCCUCGCGUAACCUACCACGUCACCUCGAUCUUCGACUCCAGUAUCUUUGAAGCUCUCAGCCGUGUGAUCCAGAAGCUGAUUCCCGAGCUCAACACUCUCCAGAACUUGCUGAACACUCUUGCCGACGCAACUGGAAUCGAGAAGGCAUAUCUCUUCGACAUCAACAGCAAGAUCUACGUUGCCAGCGAUACGCGCCCUGUAGACAUGGGCUCAUACGAUAUCUGCUCGGCCAUGAUCGAUUUCGUGCUCGAUACCAUCGACCUCUUCAACUAUCCCAGAAAGAAUCCAAAGAAGUUGGGCGCUCAGAUGAAUGAGGUGGAAGCUUCGACGACAUUCUCCCACGAUCCCUCCCUUAUGGUGAUCCUCAAAGAGGUCAACCGCUAUCUCACCCUAGUUGCCCUUAUCAAGGAGAAAGAUGCCAAGGAUAAGAAAGGACUCAUCGACUACAAUGUUCAUAUCAUGAGCGAGGCGAUCAACAAGGUGUUCGGCGUCAAGGAGAAGAUCGCGAAGGAAGAUGCCCGCACCUCUGCGCAGGAAGAGGCUGAGGCAUCGGAGGUGCAGUGA